UCGCUCUUUACAUCGAACGCUGCACCUUCCUCCCGUCCUGUACCUUUUCGUCGAGGACCGAUGGCGACGGCGAGAGCGAGCGCCGGCCUCGCUUACCCCGACAGGUUCUACGCGGCCUCCACUUACGCCGGAUUCGGAGGAUCUCCCCGCUCCUCCUCCCCCGCCGCCUCCAGGUUCCAGAACGACGUCGCCCUCUUGCUCUACGGCCUGUACCAGCAGGCAACAGUUGGGCCUUGCACUGUUCCAAAACCUAGAGCAUGGAAUCCCGUGGAACAGAGCAAAUGGACGAGUUGGUAUGGACUGGGAAAUAUGGCUUCAACAGAAGCAAUGCGUUUGUUUGUGAAGGUAUUAGAGGAGGAAGAUCCUGCUUGGUACUCAAGGGUUCCUGAAUUGGCAGGAGAGCCUGUUGUAGAUGUUGAAAUGCUUAAACCAAAAGAGGAACUGCAUACUUUAUCACCAUAUCAAAAUGGUAAUUCCUUGCCCAAGACAAAAACUGUUUCCACUGAAAGUGGUAUUGUGACUGAAACAAAUGACAAGGAUGUCAUAAGUGAAGGUCUUGGUUUGGUUGGCAUGUAUGACCAGUGGAUUGCACCAUCAGUAUCGGGAAAAAUUCCCAAACCUCGUUAUACGCAUGGCGCAGCUGUUCUUCAUGAAAAAAUGUACAUUUUUGGUGGAAAUCACAAUGGUCGCUACCUUAAUGAUCUCCAGGUUCUGGAUUUGAAAACUUUGAAAUGGUCAAGAAUAGAAGCUAAAGCUCUAGAUGGACCCUUGGAUUCCUCUACCGCCACUUAUGUUGUUCCCUCUGCUGGUCAUUCCUUGAUUCCCUGGGGAGACAAAUUGUUAUGUAUUGGUGGGCACACCAAGGAUCCAUCUGAGACUAUCGCAGUGAGGGAAUUCAAUCCUCAAACUUGUCUGUGGACAAACUUGAAGACAAAUGGGAAACCACCGAUCUCACGUGGAGGCCAAUCAGCUACCCUUGUUGGUAAUACUGUAGUUAUAUUUGGUGGAGAAGAUGCUAAGAGAUCUCUUCUAAAUGACUUGCAUGUUCUUGUCUUGGAAACUAUGACCUGGGAAGAUGUCAAUUAUGCCGUAGGCACACCUCCCUCUCCAAGGUCAGUCCAUGCUGCUGCUUGCCAUGCAGACCGGUAUCUUUUGAUUUUUGGCGGUGGGUCAUACACUACAUGCUUCAAUGAUCUUCAUGUCCUUGACUUGCAGACUAUGGAGUGGUCAAGACCAGACCAGCAGGGUGUAACACCUGGUCCACGAGCUGGCCAUGCUGGUGUUACAGUGGGAGAAAACUGGUUCAUAACUGGAGGUGGUAAUAAUGUCAAUGGAAUCUCUGAAACUCUUGUUCUGAGCAUGGCAACAUUAGUCUGGUCUGUUGUUACAACUGUUGAAGGACGAGUACCACUUGCUAGUGAAGGUUUAAGUUUGGUCACAACCACCUACAAAGGAGAAGAUUUUCUUUUAUCGUUUGGAGGUUAUAAUGGUCAUUAUAACAACGAGGUUUUUGUUCUCAAACCAAGCCACUUAUCAGAUUUACAAUCAAGGAUAAUCGAUGGGUCUGCAUCACAUUCUGUUGCUGUUGUAGUACCAACAACAAAAACGAGUAGGGAUAUGGAACUUGAGAUUGAAGCAACUCAAGAUAAAAAGAUCAAAGAAAUUGAGGUGGACAAUGGUGACUCAGAGCUGAAUGUAAGACAUGAGGGAGCUGUUGAAAACCUAGUGGACGCUCUAAGGACAGAGAAAGAAGAACUGGAAGCAACACUUCAGAAGGAGCAAUUGCAGAAUCUGCAAGUUAAGCAAAAACUAGCUGAAACCGAGACCAAGAACACUGAACUCACAAAGGAACUUCAGUCAGUUCGUAGACAGCUUGCUGCUGAACAGUCAAGGUGCUUUAAGCUUGAGGUGGAUGUUGCGGAGUUGAGACAGAAGCUAGAAACACUGGGAAGCGUAGAGAAGGAAGUGGAACUGCUUCGACGGCAGAAGGCUGCUGCCGAGCAGGAAGCUUUGAAUGCAAAGCAGAGGCAAGUCUCAGGUGGGGUUUGGGGUUGGCUAGCUGGAACCCCUCCCUCUCCAUCCUAACCUUAAUCACACUGCCAACACGAGUAAUAUCCAUUACUAUUUACUCAUAGCAUUUUUCCUUCUUGUCUUUAUUAUUGUGAUUAUUUUCCUUAAGCAUUCGUUUUAAGUAAAUGCAAUAAUUUUAAAAAAUGUAGCCUUUACCAUCUACUAAUGAUUGAACAUUUAUAGUGUGUAUUACAACAA